GUCAAACAUGUGUUAAUUUACAAAAUAAAAAUAAUGUUAUGUUUAUCUGUUUUAAUUAUUUAUUGUAAUUAAUUGUGAUCUGAUUAUCAUCGGAAAUGAAUUUGAUGUCAAUUACAAGAGGCUGCUUCAAAGCUUCGAAUUUAUUGCAAUCUCAAAGAGUUGUUCCCAUAACUAUUAAAUUUAACAGUAAACUUGCGGGUGAAACCGACCAAAAUGCCAAUACAAAUGCUGACAUUAGUCUUGAGAAAGCUGAAUUGAUGAAAAGGCUUGCUAAAAAAUAUCUGGUUGAUUCUUUGCCAUACCCAAAAGUUAGUAAAGAAGACCGAGAAUUUCUGUCUAAAGGAUUCAUCACUGAAAAAUUAGAAGUCAAAGUUGCCGACCAACCUAUCAAAUAUCUACCGGAACUUGAUCCAGAUUCAGAGCCAUUUAACCAUAUUUAUAAAGAUGUUGAUGAUAAAGGAUUUUUCACUCGUACCGAAAACAUAACUGAAAAAGAUCCUGACAGAUGGUUCUGGGUUGAAAGACUGAUUAAAAGAAAAGAAUUAUCAGACUAUCCGAAAUACGCUGACCAGGAACCUGACAAGCAAAAUUUUCCGUCUGGUUACACGCCGAUUAGCAAAACUAAACCUAAUUUACCAUAUUUCAUACGUCGAACUCGAUCUGGAAUGUUUCCAGUUUAUAAAUUGAUUAAUGGGAAUGAUGAAGUUCAUACAUUCAUUAAAUUUAUCGAUGGGGAUGUUUGGAAAGCGCGUGAUGAUAUUAUUAACUAUUUAAAAAGUAUCAAACAGCUUACUGUUGAGGAUAAUUUGGUUUCAGUGAAUGAAGUCAAAGGAGCACUUACUUUCAAAGGGAAUCAUGUGCUGGAUGUAGUUGGCUUUUUAAAUGAUAAAGGUUUCUAGUAAUAGUUGUAUCAAUGUAAUAAACAUUUUGUUAAAUAAAAAUAGCACCAAUUUUGUACAUAAA